AUGGUAGUAACUACGCAUGCAAAAGCGACUCUGGGCGAAAAACGACGAAUCAUCCUGGCUAUUACUACUAUCUUGGCAACGCGUAUUGUGUUGCAUUAUUUAUCCCCAAAAAAAGAGAUGAUUUGCAAGCAACGUUUCAAAGAGAUCCCUAGUCCAAGACCACAAUGGCCCAUCGUAGGGCCUAUCGUACAAUUGAAAAUGGGUGUACAAACUUGGUUCGUGAUAUCUGAUCCAAUUCUUGCUCAAGAAAUUUUCAUGACUCAUGGUACUGCAACAUCUGACCGACCUACUUACACGUAUUUUACCUACUACAGUCAUGAUGGAAGGGGCGUUAUUUGCUCAAAUGCUGACAAACGGUGGAAACGAACAAGAGCUGCUUUAUUAUCUAUUUUGGCACCACAACGCGUCAAUCAAUUUACUGAUGUUCUUUUGUAUGAAGCCGAUGCUCUAGUGGAACAACUGAUAUCUCGUACGGAACUAUUUGGUCAAAUGGAUCCUAGUCCUUGUUUACAAAAUGCUGGUAUGAAUGUGAUCUUGACAACCUGCUUCGCCACUCGUAUCAACUCUGCAGAUGAUCAGCUAUUCAAGGAUAUUAUGGCAUAUGUGCAUGCAAGCAUGAAAAUGGCUGGACCUGAAGGUGAUCUCUGUCAAUUUUUCCCUAUUAUGUCAGUAUUGGAUAUACUUGUGGGGAAGAAACGGAAGUACAGUAAUUUUAUUGCUAAGGUCCGUGAUCCUCUUUUCACCCGAUUGAUUGAUGAAGCUGCUUCAAGUGACAAGGACUCGAUGAUCAAAUCUUUUCUGGCUCUCAAGGAAGAAUAUGGUUUGGAUGACAAGGAUAUCAUUGUAACUAUGUCUGACCUUCUUGGUGCUGGAGCUGAUACUGCUGCUGCCACGUUGUCAUGGAUGAUCGUCAUUUUAUCCCAUCAUCAUGAUGUUCAAGAGAAAAUACAAGCAGAACUCGAUGCCUUUAUCCGAAAACAUAAUCGUCUCUCUACUUUUGAAGAGCGAGAUCAAAUCCCUUACACCAUUGCUGUACAAAAGGAAUGCAUCCGUUACAAGUCCAUCGGCUUCUUUGGCUUUCCUCAUAUGGCAAGUAGAGAUGUGGCGGUUCGUGAUUAUUUUAUUCCCAAAGGUACUAUAUUGUUAGGCAAUGUCAAUGGCAUGCAUAUGAAUCCUAAGGUUUACUCCGAUCCAGAAACAUUCAAACCUGAACGCUUUUUGAAUAACACUCGAACAAUGUCAUCUUCGGCAAAUGGCAAUAUCAAUCAACGUGAUCAUUUCGUAUUUGGAUGGGGAAGACGUCUUUGUCCUGGAAUUCAUUUGGCAGAAGUAGAAAUGUUUCAUAUCUUUGUUCGAAUUCUCGCAAACUCAACUAUCGCAGCUCCUUUGAAUGAUGAUGGCAAGGAAGUAGCUGUUGAUAUGGAUAUAACGGUGAAUAUCGGCCCUCUGAUUUUGCCUCAACCUUAUCAAGUUCGAUUUAUCCCCCGCACUGAUUCCCCUUUAAAAUAGAUAGUUUUAUCAUUCAAAUUCAAAUGAAAUAAAGAAUCCACUUCCUAUUUGU